UGACCCAAAAACAAAAUCUUUAAGAUAAUGAAUUAACGAUUAGACUGAAUUUUUUUUUGUUUGAGAGAAAAGGAAUCCAAGCAGAGAGAUGCUGACGAAAAAACGCGUGGCGAAUAAUAAUGUACGACUGGAUAUUUCAAAUGAAGCGUCAAUUAAAAGGGAAAAAUAAUAAUAAAAUAAAAAAAGAGGAAGAAGAAAAAGGAGCGGUUGAGUUGAAAUUUGCUGGCGCGUACUCGUCAACGUAACGCGCGUGGAGUGUUUUCGUGUCCCUCCUCCUCCUCCUCCUCCUCACUAAGACAAAUAUUUUGAGGUUCUCUUUCUCGUUUGUGUGAUCUGUCUGACAAGCUAGAAGAAUCGUAGAUCGUGAUCGGAUUGAUUUGAUAAUUAUGGUGAAGGAGACGGAGUUUUACGAUGUCCUCGGCGUUAGCCCCACCGCUACGGAGGCUGAGAUUAAGAAAGCUUAUUACAUCAAGGCACGCCAAGUGCAUCCAGAUAAAAACCCUAAUGAUCCUCAGGCUGCUCAUAAUUUCCAGGUAUUGGGAGAGGCCUACCAAGUGCUAAGUGAUCCAGGGCAACGUCAGGCCUAUGACACAUCUGGGAAGUCAGGGAUUUCAACUGAGAUCAUUGAUCCUGCGGCUAUAUUUGCUAUGCUUUUUGGGAGUGAACUCUUUGAAGAAUACAUAGGGCAGCUUGCUAUGGCAUCAAUGGCUUCACUUGAUAUCUUCACUGAAGGGGAUCAGAUUGAUACUAAAAAGAUUAUAGAAAAAAUGAGGGCUGUUCAGAAAGAAAGAGAAGACAAACUUGCUCAGAUUCUUAAGGACCGCCUCAACCUAUAUAUGACGAACAAAGAUGAAUUUACUAGCAAUGCUGAAGCUGAAGUAACAAGACUCUCAAAUGCAGCAUACGGGGUGGAAAUGUUGAACACAAUCGGAUAUAUAUAUGUCAGACAAGCGGCAAAAGAGCUUGGGAAGAAAGCUAUUUAUCUCGGUGUGCCAUUCGUAGCUGAAUGGUUUAGGACGAAAGGUCACUUCAUCAAAUCCCAAGUAACAGCUGCAACAGGUGCAUACGCUUUAUUCCAGCUGCAAGAGGAAAUGAAAAGGCAACUAAGUGCUGAAGGCAAUUAUACCGAGAAGGAACUUGAAGAGUACAUGAAGACCCAUAAGAAAGUAAUGAUUGAUUCUCUGUGGAAGCUCAAUGUUGCUGAUAUCGAAAGCACUAUCUCCCGUGUUUGUGAGCAGGUACUUCAAGAUCCCACUGCCAAGAGAGAGGAGCUUCGUGCAAGGGCCAAGGGGUUAAAAACUCUGGGAAAGAUCUUCCAGAAGAACAAGAUAGCCAGUGAGAGUGAUCCUUUAGUAAGAGCCGAACUUCACAAACUAAACGGAAAUGGUCAAGAACAUGAUCAUUCAUCCACAUCACCAAAAUCUGAUGAAGCAUCUCGCUCUACCGUUGGACCUCAGCCAGAAGUAGAAACUGUUUCACUCGUAGAACCGCAAAGCCCUUAUGUGGAAGCACCGAAACUUGGAGAAGAGCAAAUCAACUAUUACUUCCCAAGGCCUGCGCCGCCUCCAGGAGCACAGAGACACUCUUAAACUGGCAAUGGAUUGAUUCACAGAUGAACGAAAAGGUUAUUUUUUCCUUUUUUUGCUAUAUAAUAUAAGUCUUUAUGCAUAUUUGAUAUAUUUGCAGGCGUUGGUAUUACCAUUAUGUAAUUUUUAUUAUUGUUAGAAGAAGAAAUUAUUGGAUCUUUGAAAAAAGCACAUGUUAUCUCAUCUUAGACAAUGUAUAAUGUUUUUAUUCUAUUUAUAUAUUUGAUGUUUGGAAAUCAUGUGUUGCGAAUCUUAUUCUCAUUACUAUAUAAAGAACACCUUAGAGA